UUACGCUCACGCAACCCUGCCGUCUUCUCCCUGCCCCCAGCGAUGACGACGACUUUGCUGGUGGGAUCGAGCCCGGAUGCCCUCGCUACCGAGCUUGUGAGGCGGUUGGGUGCCAUCGCGAAGGAGUCCGUGCUGGCGCGGGGCGUGUUCAACGUCACCGUCUCGGGCGGUUCAAUGCCCAAGAUUUUGUCGGGCCUUGCCCAAGCUGAAGGCAUAGACUGGAGCAAGACCAGGAUAUUCUUCGCGGAUGAGCGCUGCGUCCCUCUGGACCACACCGACAGCAACUACAAGGCCUGGGAGGGGCUCUUUUCUUCUUCGGGCAUCCCUGCGGAAAACGUGGUCGCUGUCCGGACAGACCUUACCCCUGAGGAAGCGGCGGCAGACUACCAAGCCAAGCUCAGGCACCAUUUCCCCCCGCCAGAAGGAAACAGCUCGGCAGGGGGCGCCGCCGAAUCACUCCCCACCGCGUCACCCCCCCCGAGCUUCGACGCCGCCCUCUUAGGGGUAGGGCCCGAUGGCCACACGUGCUCGCUGUUCCCGUCGCACCCUCUCCUGGAGGAGCGGUCUAAAUGGGUGGCGUACAUCGAGGACUCCCCCAAGCCGCCCCCGCAGAGAGUGACGCUGACGUACCCGGUGCUCAACAACUCGCGGAAUGUUAUGUUCAUCGGCACCGGAGAAGGAAAGGCCUCCCUACUUCCGCAACUCCUCUCCGUCGGGACAGACGGCGCCCUCGAGUCGGCAGGAGAGUCGUCGCCGUAUCCCGCGGCAAGGGUAAAGGUAGCCGAGGGGAAGGCGCUGGCGUGGUGCGUGGACGAAGCGGCGGCGUCUCAAUGCCCUCCGGAGAUCGUGGCGCUAGCGACCAAGUGCUAGGCGACUUAAUCUUGUUUUGUGGUCUUGUCUGUCGCAACUGGUGCGCUGGCCCUUAUUUAUAGAAAGUACAAUAUGUGGAGACCACCUUGAUAAAGGUACAAUCUCCCCAACGUCUGUCGAGGAUGAUUCCCUCUUUUCACAAUGGCGUCGACGAAGUCACCAAUACCCUUUUUUUGUGUUUUCUUUUUGUCUUUGACCCUGCGCAUGUCGGUCGAGAGCUCGUUGUGUUUUGGGCCCUCCCGCAGUGCCCGUCUUGUGAUUGCGAAAGGUGGACUGCCCCCUCCAAUGGUUGUUUCGUUGGACACAACGCCCUCUGUUUUUUGGGGGUGCAUUCUCGCUGAUGUGACCUCUGUGGCGAAGCAGUGGCGAUCAGCAUGCGUUUUCGGCAACAAAGCGAAAAUCGGUCCCGAACCGAUGGAUGCGUGGAGUCACCCGUCGUUGGAGGCAGGUCGAGACUGGACCAUUUUCUUCUGGCAGCGAAGGUUUCAACGAAAGUUUAAGUUUCCUAUGCAUACUUCGAAAUUUGAUAGUGGUGAAGCGACGCUGAAAUCGUGCGGAGGGGGGGGG